GCCGCUCCCGGCCCCGGCGCCCGCCAUGGGGAAGCCGGCGAGGAAGGGAUGCGACUGCAAGCGCUUCCUGAGGAACAACUGGCUGCUGCUGUCCACCGUGGCCGCGGUGGUGCUCGGGAUCACCAUAGGAGUCUUGGUUCGAGAAUACGGCAAGCUCUCUAGUCUGGAGAAAUUCUACUUCGCUUUUCCUGGGGAAAUCCUAAUGAGGAUGCUGAAGCUCAUCAUUUUGCCAUUAAUUAUAUCCAGCAUGAUUACAGGUGUAGCUGCACUGGAUUCCAGUGUGUCUGGGAAAAUCGGUCUGCGUGCUGUCGUCUAUUAUUUCUGUACCACCAUCAUCGCUGUAAUUCUAGGCAUCGUGCUGGUGGUGAGCAUCAAGCCUGGCGUGUCCCAGAAAGUAGACGAGAUUGACAGGACAGGCAGCAGCCCCGAAGUCAGCACGGUGGACGCCAUGUUGGAUCUGAUCAGGAAUAUGUUCCCUGAGAAUCUUGUCCAAGCCUGUUUUCAGCAGUAUAAAACCAAGCGUGAAGAAACGAAUGCUCCCAGUGAGCCAGGGACAAACAUGACAGACACACCUGUCACAGCCAUCAUGACAACUGCCAUUUCCAAGAACAAAACAAAGGAAUACAAAGUCGUAGGCAUGUAUUCGGACGGCAUAAAUGUCCUGGGCUUGAUUGUCUUCUGCCUUGUCUUUGGACUUGUCAUUGGAAAGAUGGGAGAAAAAGGACAGAUUCUGGUGGAUUUCUUCAAUGCUCUGAGUGAUGCAACCAUGAAAAUCGUUCAGAUCAUUAUGUGCUACAUGCCACUUGGCAUUUUGUUCCUGAUUGCUGGGAAGAUCAUAGAAGUUGAAGACUGGGAAAUAUUCCGCAAGCUGGGCCUUUACAUGGCCACCGUCCUGAGUGGGCUCGCGAUCCACUCCAUUGUCAUUCUCCCACUCAUCUACUUCAUAGUCGUACGGAAGAACCCUUUCCGAUUCGCCAUGGGAAUGGCUCAGGCUCUCCUGACGGCUCUCAUGAUCUCUUCCAGUUCAGCCACACUGCCAGUCACUUUCCGCUGUGCUGAGGAAAAGAACCAGGUGGACAAGAGGAUCACCAGGUUCGUGCUGCCCGUGGGAGCUACGAUCAACAUGGACGGGACGGCUCUCUAUGAGGCAGUGGCAGCCGUGUUCAUUGCACAGUUGAAUGGCCUGGACUUGGGCAUCGGGCAGAUCAUCACAAUCAGCAUCACGGCCACCGCCGCCAGCAUCGGAGCGGCCGGCGUGCCCCAGGCCGGCCUGGUGACCAUGGUGAUCGUGCUGAGCGCUGUGGGGCUGCCCGCAGAGGAUGUCACCCUCAUCAUCGCCGUUGACUGGCUCCUGGACCGGUUCAGGACCAUGGUGAAUGUCCUCGGGGACGCGUUUGGGACAGGCAUCGUGGAGAAGCUGUCCAAGAAGGAGCUGGAGCAGAUGGAUGUUUCAUCUGAAGUCAACAUCGUGAACCCCUUUGCCUUGGAAUCCACAGUCCUGGAUAACGAAGAUUCCGACACCAAGAAGUCCUACGUCAACGGAGGCUUCGCGGUGGACAAGACUGACACCAUCUCUUUCACCCAGACCUCACAGUUCUAGAAUCCCUGGCUUCACAGGACCAGGAAUGACGAAGGACAGCUCCAUGAGAGUCAUCUCUUAGCAAAUCCAAACAUUAAAUAAGGAAGAGAAAAACA